AUGCCCUACUCAACCCACCCCAUGUCCUCCCUAACCCACCACACGCACCUCACAACCCCCCACAACCUCCUUUACUCCUACUACCUCUCCCCCUCCUUCGCCUCCACCACCAAAUCCCACCCCUCCCUCCCCAUCCUCCUCUUCCUCCACGGCUACCCCGACGACGCGUACAUGUGGGCGGGCACGGUCCCGACGUUUUUGAACUCGCCGUACCCCUUCGUGAUUGUGGAUUUGCUGGGGUUUGGGGGGACUUCGAAGCCCGGGGAUGUGAGGCUUUAUGAUUAUCGGAUUCAGGCGGAUGCGAUUGCUAGUGUUUUGGAUUGGGAGGGGGUGGUUGGGGGGAGGGUUAUUCCGGUCGGCCACGACUGGGGCUCCGCCACCGCUCAACGCUUCUACCUCUACCACCGCGACCGCUGCAUCGGCCUGAGCAUCAACUCCCUCGCCUACCAGAUCCCCUCGGCGGAACCCUUCAACCUGGAAGAAGCCAACGCCUCCACAACCAAACGCUUCGGCUACCCCCAAUGGGAAUACUGGCACUUCUUCACUUCCCCCAGCGCCCCAAACCUCCUCCGCCUCAAUCCCCGGCGCUUCUACGAAGUCAUGCACGGGCACCUCCCCUCCCCCCAUCCCUCCGAAAACUCCCGCGACAUCUGGAUGCGCGAGAUGUUCUGCGUGCCCGGGGCGAUGCACGACUACAUCACCCAGACAGGAAAUUACUCCAACUACACGGUGGAUCUGAAGGCUUAUGCGGAGGAUGAGGCGUUGUGGAGGAGGUUUGAGGAGAGGUUGACGAGGGAUGGGGUGGAGGGGGCGGUGAAUUAUUAUCAUUCGCUUAGGGAUAAUGUGAUGAUCAACGACGAGAAGGUGUUGGCGGAGGGGGGGAGGAGUAGGAUUGAGGUGCCGGUGUUGUAUAUUGGACAGACGGGGGAUUGGAUGUCCGACGCCACCUCCCUCUCCCUCGUCCCCGACCUCGAAGAAAAAGUCGUCGAAGCAGGCCACUGGGUCUUUUACGAGAAACCCGAGGAAAUGGCGGGGUUGAUUCUGGAUUGGGUGGAGAGGAAGUUUCCUGUUGUGGAGAAGUCGUAG